CUUUGCUCGUCUUCUCAACAGCUGACCCACAAACUGUUGAGUCUCAACCUGGAGGAGGAAACACCAAUUCCCAAACAGAGCUGCUGGAGGAGGCGGGGCUUCUACGUCACACUCCUGAAGUGAAACUUACUGUUUGUCGGAGCGACAGUCGAGACAAGUCUCUGUCUUUCUGUCUAGAUAAAUAUUAAAUAUUACACUUUGCUCGUCUUCUCAACAGCUGACCCACAAACUGAGAUGGCUGCUGCCAGCAAUCUGCUGUCUGAAGAUCAGUUCCUGUGCUCCGUCUGUCAGGAUGUGUUUAAUGAUCCAGUCAGCACACCAUGUGGACACAACUUCUGCCAAAAGUGCAUCACUGAACACUGGAAUGUGAGUGACAGGUGCCAGUGUCCCAUGUGCCAAGAGGUUUUCACCACCAGACCAGAUUUGAGGGUCAACACUUUGUUCUCUGAGAUGGUUUCUCAGUUCAGACAGUCGACUCAGCAGAAAGCCAGAAGCAGCAGUUCAGAGCAACAAGAGUCCAGACCAGGAGAAGUUCCCUGUGACGUCUGCACUGGAACCAAACUGAAGGCCCUGAAGUCCUGCCUGGUGUGUCUGGUCUCCUACUGUGAGACUCACCUGGAGGGUCACCUGACAGCUUCACGCCUGAAGAGACAUCAGCUGAUGGACCCUGUGGAGAACCUGGAAGACAGGAUGUGUCUGAAGCACGAUAAACCUCUGGAGCUGUUCUGUAGGACCGACCAGACGUGUGUCUGCAUGCUCUGCAGUGUGUUAGACCACAAGAUGCACAAUGUUGUUCCUCUGAAAGAAGAAUAUGAAGAAAAGAAGGUCGAGCUGGAGAAGACGGAGGCUGAAAUUCAGGAGAUGAUCCAGAAGAGACUACUGAAGAUUCAGGAGGUCGAACACAACGUGAAGCUCAGUGAGGAAGAUGCAAACAGAAAGAAAGCAGAAGGUGUUCGGGUCUUCACUGGUCUGAAGGAGUCUGUGGAGAGAAAACUGGACGAGUUCAUCAAUACAAUAGAAGAGAAGCAGAGAACCACAAAGAAACAGGCUGAAGACGCCAUCAGAGAGAUGGAACAGGAGAUCUCUGAUCUGAUGAAGAGGAGCACUGAGGUGGAGAAGCUCUCCCUCUCUGAAGACCACCUCCACCUCCUCCAGAGUGUCCAGUCCCUCAACAUCCACCAUCUACCACCUACCAAGGACUGGUCUCAGGUCAGUGUUCCUCCAGCAUCAUAUGAGGGGACUAUGGUGAGAGCUGUGGCUCAGCUGGAGGAGACUCUCAGUAAAAAGAUGAAGACGCUGGUUGAAGUUGAGCUGAAGAGGGUCCAGAAGUUUGCAGUGGAUGUGACUCUUGAUCCUGAAACAGCUCAUCCUGGUCUCAUCCUGUCUGAUGACGGGAAACAAGUCCAUCAUAGUGAUGUGAGGAAGAAUCUCCCAAACAACCCAGAGAGAUUUAUUAAUGAUUAUUGUGUCUUAGCAAAGCAAAGUUUCUCUUCAGGAAGAUUUUACUUUGAGGUUCAAGUUAAAGGAAAGACUGACUGGGAUUUAGGAGUGACCAGAGAGUCUAUCAACAGGAAGGGAAGCUUCACAUGGGGUUUUCAUGAAAUCAUCACACUGAGACAUCAGAAGGGUUACUGGAAUAUACAGAUGAGGAAUGGAAAGGAGUAUAAAGCUCUUGAUGACCCUUCAGUUCUUCUCUCCCUGAAGUCUGGGCCUCAGAAGGUGGGGGUGUUUGUGGACUAUGAGGAGGGUCUGGUCUCCUUCUAUGACGUAGAAGCUGCAGCUCUUAUCUACUCCUAUACUGGUCGCUCCUUCAAGGAGAAACUCUUCCCAUUCAUCUAUCCUGGACAUAAUCAUGGUGGUAAAAACUCCUCCCCUCUGAUCAUCUCUCCUGUGAAUCAAACUGGCUGAUUCUUUUUUUUACGAUCAGAAAUUCCCUGAACAACAAUGCAUUACCAACAAUACAUAUUCACAUUAAAGUAGUCUUCAUACAUCCAGUGUAUUUAUACACCAGACCAAGUUUUAAUACUACAAUACUGACACAGUGGUCAAUAUUAGGACGGCAAUCAAUUAGAGACAUAAAAACAAACCCAACAAUGACAGACUGAUCUAUUUUGAAAUAAAUAGAAGUGAUGUCCUUUUUACGUGUAGAUAUUUAGUGAUAAUAUCUUUUGUGAACUUGUUUUUAUCUGAAUAUUAUUGGUCAAUUGUCAUUUGUUUCACUCAGACAACUUCAGGGUUAAAACAUAAAAAGUAUCUUUAAGUAUGUGUCACUCUUACAAAGGGUUAUUUUUCUUUUGAAAGGCUUCUCAAAGAGACCUGAGAGCUCUGUGAUGCUUAGCGGUGCAGUAAGAACCUUAAAUUGCCUUCAGAACAUAAACUACUGGACAAAGGUUGCAGUUGUACUGAUUUACAUUUUUUGUGUCUUUCAAAUUAAGAUGGUAUUACUUGUGGACUGUGGGUGUAACUCUGUUGAUCUCCACAGAUGUUCAUAAGGAGGAUGUAUUCCCUCAAAUUCUAUAAAAGGAACAUUUAAGGGGUAUAAUUAUCACCAAUGGGAUAUAAUAUUCAUAACUGUUAUCAUCAGUGUAUAAACAUGCUUUGAGUUUAGCAAAACAGGAAGAAUAAUCCACUCAGUUGAAAUCUGCAGAGACGAUGUGGCUUUAAGAGAGAUUGCAUAAAAUAUAUUCUUUUAACAUUUGUCCUUUUUUGAUUUCUAUAUUGUCUGUACUAGAUUUGUUUCUUCAUGUUUUCAAUAAAAUUCUUGAAAUGGCA